GAAGGUUUCCAGUGAAGAGAUUUGGACCUCACAAAAAGCGUCUGGUCACUGGUGAGGCUUGAGAGAUCCUCAUUCCUCAAAACCUUUUUCCUCUUUUGUUCUUAUUACUAAACCCUAAUAAAGCUUUUCCCGUCAAAGGCACAGCCUCGUAUUCUUUCCAUUUUGAUUCCAUGAAUCUCUGAUUGUAACGGUUUUCUAGCAGAUACCCACUACUGGUUUUGCAAUUUUCCUUGGUGUGUCUCUCUUAUUUCGAUCUAAAUUGCAGUGUUGAAGAAGAUAGACUAGUCUCUCUCUCUCUCUCUCUCUCUCUUGAAGAAACUGAAACUUGUUGGGUUGAGUGGUUGAAAGGAUGGUAGGAGCUGUGUCCAUCGUGGGUUCUGCAGUUGUGGACUCUCAUACCUGUCCAUGUCUCUGUUUGGAUGCUCUUUCAUCUUCUGGAAUGAAUUUUAAGAGCACAAAUGAUAUUGGGUUGUCUAGAAAUUUAAUGGUAAGGAAGCAAUUGAAAAGAAAUGGAUCGUUGGAGCUAAGCAGCUCAUUUGUGGAUGCUUGGCAUGAGUGGCGUCUUUCAACGAAAGUAUUUUCGGGAUUUGUGAAUGUCCAGCAUUCAAGGAAACAGAACAAGGGUCGGAGUCUUGCUAUCGUUGAUGAACUUGGAGGACAAUAUGAAGAUAGUUUCGAAGAUGUUCAAAGGCAAAUGCUCAACUAUUUUACAUACAAAGCUGUGAGGACUGUUCUUACGCAGCUUUAUGAGAUGAACCCGACACAGUACCGGUGGUUUUAUGAUUUUGUAUCAACAAAUCAACCUGCAGAUGGAAAGCGUUUCAUUCGUAACCUUGUGAAGGAGAAGCAGGAUCUUGCUGAAAGAGUGAUGGUAACUCGCCUUCACCUGUAUGGUAAAUGGGUCAAGAAAUGUGAUCAUGCUGCAAUAUAUAAAGAAAUUUCUGAUCAGAAUUUGGAGUUGAUGCGUGAACGACUCAUUGAAACUGUGAUAUGGCCAUCCGACAACACACACUGAAAAGAUUGGCUGAUGGGUUAACCCUUUAUCUUGGCUUUGAAGAGCUGUUCUUUAUUUGUUGUUCUUAAUGUAUCAGUAUAUCUUUGCUCUAUGUUUGGCCAGUUAGGUCCCUAAAGGCUUUCUAGAUUUUUUUUCCCCACAACCAAAGGAAAUGUUGUAAGCUGUAUUCUUGCAUGUGUAUAUACAUAUUGAUAGAAAAUUUCAGUUCAGAGUUCA